CACUGGGCAGUGUGGGGGAGUCAAACAAACGCAGAUCCAAUAAACCGGCCUUGCUUUCCCUAGUUGGACACCAGCAACACGACGACAGCAGCAAAAGUGCCACUUUGAAGUUGGGAGAUAGUGGGGGAAUUGAAUAGAGAAGAUGGUAACGAAAACAGAAGAAGAAGAGGUAAACAGAUUGGAGAAUCAAGUAGAGAAUGGAGGAGGAGGUGUUUGGCAAUAUCUUUGUCUUGUCCAUAAACUCAAGCUCCGUCGAUCUGAUAUGGUGUUGAAGCAUGGACUAUCCAUUCUUAAUGAUUCCAAAAAGAGAUCUGCUCUUGGCCCUGAAGAAUGGACCCUAUAUGAGCAGGUAGCUGUUGCAGCUAUGGAUUGUCAAUCUAUUGAUGUGGCAAAGGACUGCAUAAAGGUUUUGCAAAGAAAGUUUCCAGGGAGCAAAAGGGUUGGCAGGCUAGAAGCUAUGUUACUAGAAGCCAGGGGAUUAUGGUCAGAGGCAGAAAAUGCUUACUCUAGCCUUUUGGAGGAAAAUCCAUUUGAUCAGGUUGUACAUAAGAGGAGGGUAGCCAUGGCAAAGGCGCAAGGCAAUGCAUCAACAGCAAUUGACUGGAUUAACAAGUAUCUUGACUUAUUCAUGGCUGAUCAUGAAGCCUGGAGAGAGCUUGCUGAAAUAUAUGUUUCCUUGCAAAUGUACAAGCAAGCAGCUUUCUGCUAUGAGGAGCUGAUCUUGUCUCAACCUACAGUUCCUUUAUAUCAUCUAGCCUACGCUGAUGUGCUCUAUACACUUGGUGGACUAGAAAAUCUUCAGACAGCGAAGAAAUAUUUUGCAUCUACCAUAGACUUGACUGGUGGCAAGAGUACCAGAGCACUUUUUGGCAUAUGUUUGUGUACAUCUGCCAUCGGGCAGCUGACUAAAGGACGAAGCAAGGAGGAUAAAGAGAGCCCGGAGCUUCAAUCUCUGUCCGCAAUGGCAUUGGAAAAAGACUAUAAGCAGAGAGCUCCUAGCAGGCUCUCCGUGCUUAGUUCAACAUUGAGAAGCUUGAAAAUCUAACCUAACCACAGUUUUAUUGGAAGCAGCACCUACUGUUCACAGCGUGCACUUCAAGAUUCCAAGUCUGUCAAUCUGCUUACCCCCUUUUUGCAGACUUCUACUCUUUGCAUUAUUUUACUUAUUUGUGGACGUCAUGUUUCACUUAUUUAAGUAAAACAUGAGAGUUACUUUUAGACAAUUUUGGGAAAGUUUAAUGCUGAAUAGAAUACUUGAACUUUUGAUAUGUUGGAUCAUGAAAUAAAUUUCUAUUGGACAAGUUUGUGGA